AUGCAUGGAACUGACUUCUCUUGCAUGUGCCUCUUCACUGGUGAUGUAGUGGCAAUGUACCCCAGCAUCGACCUUGAAGACGCCUUUCUUUGUAUCCGCAACUUCUUGACAACUUCCCCUCUCUGUGACAACGUCUCAGCCAACCAAAUCCUGGUUGCCCUUGAAAUAAUCAUGAAAAGGAACUGUUUCCGCUUUGGAGAUACCUACUGGCUCCAAACAGACGGAACUGCAAUGGGCACACCACCUGCACCCUCCUUUGCCAUGUUGUACUUUGGUAUUUUUGAGAUUGAUCUACUUCAAUCUUUUGGAUCAUCUCUACACUACCUCCGCCGAUACAUUGACGACCAAUUUGGCAUUUGGAUUCACCACCCAGAUCCAGCCGUGGAUCGCCAACGAUGGGACGAGUUCAAAGAAUGUCAAGGCAACUUUUGCACUCUUAAUUGGGACUUUUCUACCCUUCUGAAGACUGUCAACUUCCUUGACCUUACUCUUACUGUUGAACCCUUUCAUAUUAACACCAAACUAUAUGGAAAACCACUGAACCUCCAUCUCUACAUCCCUCCCAACUCACUUCCAGAGACAUCAACAAGAAACAAUCUCUUGCUAAGUUCCAUUCUCACCUCUUUGCAAGAGGCUACAAACUGA